GGACUUUUUUAUGGCGCGGUCCUGAUGCGGUGUGACCUGGGCUGUUGCGCUGCCAAGGAUCCCAUCGGCACACUGCUGACGUGUCCAUCUGGUACCGGUAUGGACGCGGUGUUUUCUAGUAGUGUUUGAAGAAACGAUUUGCUGCGCCUCCUGUUCGGGGGUGUUUGUGGUUCUGUGAUGGCGUGGGUUGGACGCUGCCGGAUUGUGGGAGCCCUUAUCCCUCGGACAGGGGGGUUAUUUUCGGCCCCUUCUUCUGGCGGUCCCGUCCGUACGUCGUCAUCGUCGUCGUCGUCGUCCUCAUAUCGCGUUGCGGCGUUGCGGAAUGUGCUUUGCCUUUAUGAUGGAAAGAACCGGACGACGGUGCUGUCUGAUGCAGCCGGGAGCAGGUGCAUCCAUUUUCCAAGUCCAGAUUUGAUGUCCUGUUUGUUUGUUGGUGUUGAUGUUCAGCGAUUGUAUCGGACCGAGCCGAGUUUCGGCACUCCUGGUUGUCCACGAGUGUGUGUGGCAGUGGUGGGGUCGGCGAUCUUGGAUUUUCACAUGGAUCAGCGUUCCUAGCUCUUUUCCUUGCUGCUUUGCUUUCCGCGGAGCAUCAGCGGUUUCUCGUUUUGUACGGUGUUGUGCCGCUAUCGUGUAGCCUUCUGAUUUUUCAAAGUUUUGUAGUUAUGCAGUACAGUACGGCGGAUGGAUUCGAAUGGGAUGACAGCGUUCGUAUCUAAUCUGCGACGGUAGUUCCAAGAUAACCUUUCCACUACCAUCACCACCACUAUACACGGCUCUUCCCCCUUCUGGCCAAUGCCUCCCCACGUCGCUCAGGAAAGACAGGAAAAUCAUGUGUGUGGUUGCCGCCCCAGAGCCCUUUCGUCUACUCAAUUUAUGAUCUGGCAGGCUGCUGCUGGACACCGAAUGGUGGUGUCGUACCUACGGUUUCUGUGGGAGACGCAAGUGUUUUUAACGCCGUGUUGGCCGUAACCGCAUGAAUAGAGGUUAUCAGUACAUACAUGCAUCCUGAGAAGGAGGUAGGUGAGGUGUGAAGCUGGAUUAACAUGAUGUGGAGGUUGGAUGCGCGCGACCUGUUUUGUGGUCUUCGUGGGUGGGGUGUUCCGCUGGGCCCCUUCUAUUCUACAGUGUUGUUAAGUGACUGAGCCCGGUGGCCCUGUCGGCCCCGGCGGGGGAGGGCCCCGUCUGAGAGAGGGGGCGAGAGGGGGCCGUGGAGUGAGCUGAGCUGCCGGGCCCCCUGGGUGGGUGAGUGGCGGUGGCCCACUGGGUGCCCUGGGGCGGGGGUUCCUCUGCGCAAGGUGGAGCAUGGACGAGAAACUUGUGGAUGUGUUUGACGGAUCGAGCUACGGACAUAAUUACAGUACAGUUUUUUUGUGCCGUAUAGCGAUAGAUGACAGAAGAGGUGGCUUUGAAUGGGCGUCAGGUAUUUGUAAAAGUGUUGUACAG